CACUAAGGCCUGCAAUUCCUCUCGUGUAGUGUAUGGUCUCAUGCUGAAGAAAUGGAUAUAUUCUUCCUUCGUGCAUUGGCAACAUACGUGCUUGACAUAUUCUUCUGGUUAGCCAUAUUUUAACUCAAAAAAAUUUGGUUAAAGGAUGUCUGAAGGCAAGAGAUUCUAUGUAUUUCUGAUGGAAUUUAUAGGGUUCUUAGGCCUUCUUGUUCUGUGCCUAUGGCUUGCGUUGCGACCCAAAAGCCCUUCAUACUCCGUUGUGUUCCUUUCCAUAGAACAACACCCAGGUGAAAAUGGCUCCAUAUUUUACAGCCUUGAAAUCGAAAACCCAAACAAGGAUUCAAGCAUUUACUAUGAUGACAUAAUAUUGAGUUUCUUGUAUGGGCAGCAGGAGGAUAAGGUGGGAGAGACAACCAUAGGCUCAUUUCAUCAAGGAACUGGCAAGACUCGCUCCGUAUAUGACACUGUUAAUGCCAGACAUGGAGCAUUCAAACCUCUCUUCAAGGCCAUCUCAAAUGCAACCGCAGAGUUAAAGGUUGCUUUGACGACAAGAUUUCAAUACAAGACGUGGGGAAUUAAAAGCAAGUUUCACGGGUUACACCUUCAAGGCAUUUUACCAAUUGACUCUGAUGGGAAGCUUUCACGUAAGAAAAAGAAGUACCCACUUAGCCGUAGUUCCAGAAAACUCGCAAGGUCCAUAGCAAAGAGGCAUUGACCUUCAUUUCUUUUUGGUUCGCCAUUUCUCCCACUCUUCUUAUUCCCUAAGACUUGGAAAACAAUACUAUUUGUGAGCAUAAACGAAUAAGCGUAGUAAUGAUAGGUCCUAUAAUAUAAGGUGAGACACGAUAUAUUUUGGUUUGGGAUUGAUGUAGUUUAAGUAAAAAAAAGUAAAUUUCUAACA